CAAUAUAAAUUUCAAUUGUUUUAGUGUUUUCUUGUAAUCAACUAAUUAAAUUUUCGGAUUAUUCUAUGUUACAAUGAACAAGGCCUGCACUUUGUGACAUCCCAUUAUCAUCGUACUAAUUAAUAAUUAUCACAAUGCUCUAAUUAAUUAACAUUUACUAAUCCGUCCACUAAUCCCGAAGAUUGAUUGAUACCCAUUCACCACUAUAUAACAAAAUUAUUCCUUCCUUACAAAAUUCCGAGGAAAUAAAAAGAAAAUCAGAACUCACAAAGUAUGCACACAGAUAAUGAAGCAGAGCACACCGGCGGGCGAUGAAGGGCGGGUCAGGAGGAAAACUUCGUCGAGGGGCCACCACAAGUUCGUCGGAGUUCGGCAGCGGCCGUCGGGGAGGUGGGUGGCGGAGAUCAAAGACUCCCUCCAGAAAGUGAGGCUCUGGCUCGGUACCUUCGACACGGCGGAGGACGCCGCCAGAGCUUACGAUAAAGCCGCCCGUCAACUCAGGGGCGCCAACGCCCGAACCAAUUUCGAGUUGCCCAAACCCGGACCCGGUUCGACCGUUUUCGAAAACUCCGAACCGUUUCCUUUCGACGAGAUGUGCCGGUCGGAGGAACCCGACGGGCUCAUAGGCGUUCUCAAGGCCAAACUUUUGAACAAAAAGCGCGGCCACGCUUCUUCUUCUUCUUCUUCUUCAAACCCACUAUUUAAUUUUAGUAAUAAUCGUGUUCAAACAUACGAUCAAUGCAUCGAAAAAACCGAUCGAGAGAUGGGUCAUGUGGGCUCGAGCCGCCCGAGUUUGGUGUGGCCGGGUGAGCCGGCCCAAUUGAUCUGGUCACCAGAGACGAUCAACCAUGGUCAGGAGAAUGUAACCAUGGUUAAUCUGGCAUGGCCACAACCGGCAAUGGAUUUGGGUUACGAGUGUAACCCACUUAGUGAGGUGGUGGCGCUCAAUAACAAAGCAGGGGAAAUUAACGUACAAGUCGAUGAAGCGCCGAGUCCGUGGGUCCCACUUCCGACGUUGGACGACGGUCAAUAUGGAUACUGUGAAAAUAGUAAUUGGAUUAGCGGUGCUAAUAUUUCGUGGGACUCUGAGCUUCACUGUGUUGUACCUUCUGUGCUAGGCCAAUAAAUUAAACAAUUGCAUUUAGGUUGAUAAUUCCCUACUUAAUUUUAUUAAUUGAUUGAUGUUAUUGUCUCAUAAAUCAAUAUUUAAUAUUUGUAAGACGUUGAUGAAUUUGUUAGGCUAAUUCAAUUCUCAGUCCAAAAUAUCCCAUAUUGGAUAUGGGCCU